AUGAGAAUGGUGACUGGUGUUGGGUUAGUCCCUUAUCAUGAGAGGAGCGUGGAUGGCUGGAGGAUUGAGAUCAUACCGCUUGAACCUGAACAGAGCUCAUACCUGCGUAGGGAAGCCUCCCAGUGUCAUCGUUCAUUUUCUUUAUCCCUCAAGAGAGGGAAUCUACUCGACUUUCUGACCUUGUUUUUCCAGCGAAGCCUUGGUUACAAGCAACAAUUGCAUCGAACAUGGAACAUAGUAGAGAGUUUUGCGGCAAGCUUCUGCGCGCUCAAUUUUAUUGGGGGUGUUAGAUCUGCAAUGUUCCUUGGACUUUGGGCCGGCGGCCCCGCUGCUAUCUGGCAAGUCAUGAAUUACAUAGCACAGCUGAUUCCAACCAUCCUUGUUAGGUCGUCAUAUCUUAUUACCAUUUUCUUCAUGAUGAUCACAGCUGCCGUCCUUGCCGAAAUCUGCUCUGCCCUCCCGCUCAGUGGCUCGAUCUAUAUCUGGGCAGCAGAGAGCGCUGGACCGAAAUACGCUCGAUUCUUUGGUUUCAUCGUCGCCUGGUGGUCGUGCACAGCCUGGAUGACAUUUACUGCUGGGAAUUGUCAAACUACUGCCAACUACAUCGUUUCGCAGCUUGCCGUCUGGGAGAUCGACUUUCCGGGUGGGAUUACGAAUGAUAAUGUCAAGUGGCGUGCGUUCAUAUGGGUGAUCUCGGAGGCGUUGCUCCUCCUCGCUGUCGCGAUCAACUAUCUUCCCCCUCGCCUCUAUUCGAUGAUCUUUCGGUUCUCCAUCGGUCUCAUGAUGUUGGACUUCUUCCUUUGCGUUAUCUGGCUGCCCAUUGGCGUCUCAAACACGUAUGGCUUCCGGUCUGCAAAAGAUGUUUUUACAAUGACAUACAAUGGGACGGGGGCUCCAGCCGGAUGGAAUUGGAUUCUAUCUUUUCUCUUCACAGCCGGCACCAUGACAGGCUUUGAUGCAUCUGGACACAUCGCCGAGGAAACAAAAAACGCUCGCGUCGUCGCUGGCAAAGGCAUUCUAUCUAGUGCUCUUGCGACCGGGGUUUUGGGUUUCGUGACUGCCAUCCUUUUCCUAUUUUGCACGCCCGACUUGGAUACUUUAUUCGCCCUGCAAGCUCCUCAGCCGUUCGUUCUGCUUUACGCUCUUGCCCUCGGCAAGAAAGGAAGCAUAUUCAUGACCAUCAUCGCAGUCCUUGGACUCAUCAUCAACACAAGUAUAGCCAUCGUAGCCGCUUCUAGACUCGUCUUCGCGGUCGCGCGCGACGGCGUGUUGCCCAUGUCUAAAUGGAUCGGGCAAGUUGAUGAAGCUGGCCAGCCUAAGCACGCCGUCACCGUCAUCUAUAUAUUCGGAGCCGUGUUACUCUGCACCAUCCUUCCAAGUCAAGUUGCCUUUACUUCUCUUGUAUCCGCUGGAGGCGUUCCGACCAUUGCGGCGUACGGACUUAUUGCUCUGCUUCGUUUCACGAUGACGCCGGACAACUUCAAGUCAUCUCAUUUUUAUCUCGGCCGUUUCCGGAAGUUUUUCUAUCUCGUGGCGAUCCUCUUCAAUGCUCUCAUUGUUGCGGUCAUGCUCUCCCCUUUCUUCUUCCCGGUAACGGCAGAAAACUUUAACUUCGCCUGUGUCAUCUUCGGGUCCAUCACAUUGUUCGGGAUCCUGAGUUGGUACUUUACACCUUCCGAAAAAUGGCUGCGUCGCGAGCACGUCCUGAAAGCCCUCCGCGCCGCUGACGAGCCAACUUCCGGCCCCAGUGAGCAUCUUGAUUGA